UAUUAUUUUGGUUGUAGACAAAGGCAGCUCCCUUUUUCCGCUAACGCUAUUCUCCGUUCUCGCGGUGUGUUUCGGUAAAAUAUUAAUUAAAACUCAUCCAAAAACUGUUUUCCCCUCCUCUGUAUACUUAAUGGAUUGUCUUGAAAAUUAGCUCCUGCAUUCUGAGUCGAAAGGAAUAUUAGUUGUGACUUUGAGGACGAUGUUUGAUUGUUAUUUGAUGUGAACAAUUUGUUUUCUUCGUGCUAAAACAAAAACAGCACAGCGGAUUGGCUCAUAGUGCACAGCAGACCUUCAACACAACUUUCAACUGAGAUCGCCGCCUGCCAAACAAAACAGUUAAAUUAAAAAUGGCUUUUUAUUCAGUUCGCAUUGACGACAACGGCAAGGAAAUCGAAACCACUCGACAAACUUACAGGAAAUUCUUUAACGACACAUGUGGGGAUGCAGCAAGUGUCAAAGGGACCGAUCAAGACUUCCAAGCGAGACAAACAUGCCGUUCGCCGAUUAACACUUUUAAAACAGUGAGAUAUGUAAAUUCGGCGACAUUUAUUGAGAAAGAUCAUGAUCCGGUGAAAAAGCAGCAGCUAUCUGACCAAGAGGAAGAGCCCAACGAAUCCGACGAUGUUAAUUCAGAUACGUUCGAUUUUUCUGUCGAUGUAAACGAGCAACAAUAUCAAAGUCAUAUUGCGACAGAUAAAUUCAACGAAUCUGUUCCGGUUUUAGAGUUGAAUUCCAACGAAUCCUUCCCAUCGAGUAACAACUUAACGUACUCAUAUCGUCGAGUCUGUGAAGUCACGAAAAUCAUUCAGAAGCCGGAUGCAUAUAAAGAAUGGUUGGAUGCAAAACGAACCGCCCUUAUGUACCAACGUGAAAUGAAAAAGAAGCGAAAACAGGAAGAAGAGAAAGCUAAAGAAGAACGCAAGCGAAUGGCUGAAGAAAAGUUCAACGAAUGGCUGGCACGUAAAGCCAAGACCAAAGCAACUGAACAGGCAAAAUACCGAACACAACAAACGGCACCGAAAAAAGAAUCGCUUACCGAUAUCAAAUAUACACUUAAAGUGGAUAAACCUGAACCCGAGUCGAAUUUUAACGCGUGGCUUGAACAAAAAAAGCAACAAGAGAAAGCGCAAAAGGAGAAAAUCAACCAGGACCUCAAGCGAGAAGAAGAACUGAAAUCAAAGCGUAAGCAGGAGUCUGCAAAUGUUUAUGAGAAUUGGUUGAAAACUGCACCUCAAAAACCAAAGCCUGUUCCUCUCAAUCAAGGAUUAUUCACGUUGAAAGGUUCUCUUUCACAAAUCUACGUGAAUCCCGUACCGUGGGUGUCCACUGAUCCUGACGACGGUUCGAAAUCAAUGUAGAGAUCAUGGGCACAAUACCAUGAUUAGACUGGUAUUUCAAACAUUUUUGGCCACAGCAGUGUCCCUUCGUCGACUUUUAAAUUUCAAGAAUAUUUCAAGUUUCUUCUUUGUAGGAAAAAGCAUAAUUCACUAAGUGUAUUUAUUUUAUAUUCCGCCUAAAUGGGAGAUUUGCAUAAAAUAAAAAAAAUCUUGGUCUACACUGAA